AUGACAUACCAAGAUGACGCCACUGCGGCGUCGUCCGAGAGUAACACGAUAACUCCCAGCGAAACCUCCAGUCUGCUAGGAGGCAAGUCACUCGAUGGCGAAGGAGACAAUCACAAGUACGGCAGCGUAGAAGAACCGCGAGACCCAGAGAGCGGUGUGGUGACGACCCCGCGGAUAGCAGCAGCUGCUGGCCAAGAAGGAGAAGGCAGGCGGUACAGCAACGCUUUCAUCGCGAGAACGGUUGUUGCACUUUUGAUCGGCACGUUCACGACCAAUGCCGAUGGAUCUCUCGUAUUGGCAACACAUCCGGUGAUUGGCUCCGAGUUCAAUGAUCUUGAAAAUUCGAGUUGGCUUUUCAUCGGCUUCAUGCUUGCUGGAUUAGCUACCCAGUCAUUGUACGGUAAACUAAGCGAUAUAUUUGGUCGUAAACCGUUGCUUCUCCUAUGUUAUGGAUUGUUCGCGAUUGGUUGUGCAAUCUCAAGCGGUGUUGGGCAAAGUCUUUGGCAAGUCAUCAUUGGCCGUGUGGUUUCGGGGUCUGGCUCAGCUGGCAUGACGGUCCUCGUUGCUCUCAUUAUCACAGAUCUUGCACCUUUGAGAGAAGUUGCUGCUUGGCAGAGUUACCUCAAUAUAGUAUCAACCACUGGCCGGAGUAUCGGUGGUCCUCUAGGUGGUUGGCUUACCGACACGAUCGGAUGGCGAUGGUCAUUCCUCGGCCAAGCCCCCAUCUUUGCCGCCGCAACCCUGAUAUGCUGGUUCGUCUUGCCGCCGCUCAAGCCCGAGUCGAACACCACGAGCGACGGCAGACUGAGCAAGAAGCUCGGCCGCAUCGACUUUACUGGCGCCGCACUCCUGGGCCUGGGAAUCUUUGCACUGAUGCUGCCCGCCGAGAUUGGAGGAUCUCGACUGCCCUGGAGCCAUCCCUUGAUCUUGGGACUUUUUGUCACUGGAGCGCUUCUCCUCGGGUUGUUUUUUCUCGUGGAGAAGAACUGGGCCAGGGAACCAAUAUUCCCCGUGCGGCUUCUGCACAAUAAGAAUGCCGUCCUGUGCUUCAUCAUCAAUGGGUGUCAGAUGAGCGCACAAUUGUCUAUGAUGUAUAGCGUGCCCCUGUAUUUUCAGGUCACGCAACGAACCUCGAGUACUAUUGCUGGUGCACACUUGUUCCCAGCGGUCGUUGGAAACACCAUCGGAGCACUAGCUGUGGGACAUGUAAUCAAAAAGACCGGUCGAUACAAGGCUCUCAUAAUAUUCGCAACAGCUGCCGGCAUGUUAUGCUACUCACUGCUCAUCCUGAGAUGGCAAGGCAACACCAACUGGGCCGAGUCCAUGUACAUUAUUCCCGGCGGACUAGGCACGGGCAUGGCUCAAACCGCCGUCUUUAUUGCGCUCCAGGCGUCUAUUGAACCGAAGGACCGAAGCAGCGCCACGUCGGCACUUUUCCUGAUUGGCCCCAUGGCGACGACAAUCAUCAUGGCCAUUGGCAGCGCCCUCAUUGUUGCGGGACUGCGCGACGGACUUUUUGUCCGGCUCACUGCGCUCGGUCUCGGGGCUGAUGCUAUACAAGAGGCAAUCGCUAGUGCUGCUGCCGAUGUUGCGUAUCUGGAUCGCGCCCCUCCUCUCAUUGCCAAAGCCGCCGUGGAGUCGUAUGUCGAGGGUAUUGAAUAUAGUCAUUACGUGUCUCUCGCAUGCUCAACACUUGGAUUGGUUGCGGCGCUAUUCUUGAAAGAGAAAGCGCUCCGGAGGUAG